ACUACACAAAGUUACUAUGUGCUCUCCACCAUCUUGAAACAUCACCUACCUACCUUUACCUUCUUGUCUCUUUGUGUCUCUCUCUGACUCUGACUUCUUCUUCUUCUUCUUCUUCUUCUUAUCUCUCUCUCUUACACUCUUCUUCGCACAUUCUCCUUUUCCUCUCACACAAAAAAUAUCAAACUCAAUUCUCCUUUUAUCAUCACAAUCUCACCUUUCCCUUUUCAACCCUCAAUCAACGCAUCUCUCUCAUAAUUCUCUUUUCAAAGUUCAAUUUUUUCACCAUUUGGUGAUCUGGGUAUGGCUAUAAUCAGGAACAUAAUAGAAGACAUGAGAUCGAGAUCUCAAAGGGUAGUUGUUGUAGUGGAGAAGGAAGUGGUGGUUGGCGACGGUUUAAGACAGAGUUGUUGGGCCAACAUGCCACAAGAGCUUCUCCGUGAAGUUCUCCUUCGAAUUGAAGCGUCCGAGGACACGUGGCCGCCGAGGAAGAACGUUGUCGCAUGUGCCGGAGUUUGUCGGAAUUGGAGAGUCAUCACCAAAGAAAUCGUUAAAAAACCUGAACUUUCUGCUAAGAUAACUUUCCCCAUUUCUGUUAAACAGCCCGGUCCAAGGGAGAAUCUCCUUCAAUGCUUUAUAAAGCGCAACCGGUCCACUCAAACAUAUUAUUUGUUUCUCAGUUUAACUAGUUCGUUAGGUGAUGACGGGAAGUUCCUUCUGGCUGCUCGCAAAAGUAGACGUCCUACCUGCACGGAUUAUAUCAUCUCUCUAGACGCCGAUGAUAUGUCAAGGGGAAGCAAUACCUAUGUUGGGAAACUGAGAUCAAAUUUCCUCGGAACAAAGUUCACAAUCUAUGACAGCCAGCCACCUCAUACAGGAGCUAAGUUUACUAAAAGUCGUUCUACUAGGUUGGUGAAUCUAAAGCAGGUUUCACCCAAGGUCCCAACCGGCAACUAUCCCGUGGCUCACAUCUCAUAUGAAUUGAACGUCCUUGGCUCGAGGGGGCCUAGGAGAAUGCACUGUGUCAUGGAUUCCAUACCAUCCUCUUCGAUCGAACCAGGAGGAGUAGCUCCUACACAAACCGAGUUUUCUCUAAACAACAUAGAAAUGUUUCCCAUGUUUCCUUUUUUCCGAUCAAAAUCAAAUCGUGUGAUGGAGAAUUCUCUCUCCGGACCCCUAGUCGGUGAUCAAAAAGACGGUUUACUUGUGUUGAAAAACAAGGCUCCGAGGUGGCACGAGCAGCUGCAGUGUUGGUGCUUAAACUUUCACGGACGGGUGACAGUUGCCUCGGUUAAAAACUUUCAGCUGGUGGCUUCUGCAGAGAACGGAACUGCUGGACCCGAACACGAUAAGAUUAUUCUGCAAUUCGGAAAAGUUGGGAAGGAUUUAUUUACAAUGGAUUACCGAUACCCUAUCUCGGCAUUUCAGGCAUUCGCAAUCUGCCUCAGCAGCUUCGAUACCAAGAUUGCUUGUGAAUAACAUGUUUAAACAGAUUAUGUUACAAAUUACAAUCUGAGACAUAUGUUUGAAUGAAUGGUGUUAGACUGAAAAUGUAUAAAGACGAUGCUGCACAUAUGAGUUUUCAGUUAGUUUCUGGAAUCACCAUUCAUUGUAUGCAGAAAAUUUGAAUGUUACUUGUCUCAUUUAUGUAUAUUAUUAUUAUUAUUGCA